UUCUCAUCACUGCGCCAUCGCCUGUUGCGUUAGCUUGCUGUUCAAAGGGGGCGAAUCGCUUGUGCACCAAAAAGGACGACCUAAAUUGCAAUUUGACCGAUUUUACGAAAAAACAAGACAUUUUGCUCGUACAGGUCGUGGUGAGUAUUUUGUCCCCAGACAUUUUUUCAUUUUUCCCUCCUUUUUCUUUUCUUUUUGGAUUUUUUCCACGGUGAUUUUCCAUUUUGCGAGUGGACAGAAUGUGCUGGCUAGCAGGGUUAGCUGGCUUAGCUAACGUGGAAAUGCUCGUCCCCCUCAAAGACAAAAAAACGCAGAUUGUUUUUUUCUAGCGCCACAACAUGUUGGAAGCAUGUUAGAUACACUUUGAACUAUUUUUGCAAGUUUGCCUAGCUUUAUAUUUUUCUUUGACGGGACUGAUUUGUUUUUGGCUCGCUUUUCAGACAGUCGGACAGCUAACGUUAGCUUCAGCUAACAUCGUCAGAGGCAGCAAAAUUUUAAUCCCUUUCAGAUUAUUGAUGGCAUAUUUAUCAGAAUUUUUCAGGUUUUGAUUUUUUUUUUCCACAAAAACUGGUCAGAUUGGUUAUUUUUUCGUGCCUUUUUUUUAGUUGGUGGUUAGCUAACGCUUGCAGCGCUAGCCGGCAUGGAGCGCUACCAAGGCUAGCGCAGGCCUUGUGAUUCACACUUGAGCCCAGAAGAGGGCGCUGUUGGUGUCCAGGCGGGUGUGUUGUUGAUUGAUUUGGGUUGUUUUUGUGAAUCGUUGUCUUCGGACUUUUUUUUUUCUCACUUUGUCUUCACUUUUUUUUUAACGGAGUUUUCCCCAGUUUUUCCCUCGCAUGGUGAUUUUUUUUUUAAAGCUUUGGAUUGCAAGUUUUAACACAUAACAUGAUAAAUGCACAUUUAAUUAAACAUGAUGUAUGAAAAGUGUCUUCCUUUGGCUGUUAUUAUGUGUUUCUCUGCAUUCACUUAUAGGUACAUGCCCUUAAGGCUUUUACAUUCCAUCUUCAUGUUUAGCAUAUAAAUAAAAGGUUAAAAGUCAAUUAAUACGUAGAGGUUUAAUGACCAAUGGGAUUAUUAGGGAAUGGUCCUCAGUCAUUAUAUAAAGAAUAUAAAAUAUAUCAAUUUACAUAACUGAGAGACGCCACUAACAUGGAUGCUGUUGUAUGAAAUGUUGCUGCUUUUCUCAUUGUAGUUAAAAGUAAUAUUGUCGGUUUAUCUGCAGCUAUUUUGUUAUAAAUGCAAAGUCUUUUAUGUUUUGAAAUUUUUAGAUGUCUCUAAUCAUGCUUUGUUGGAGCAAAACACAUCUAAGACCUGCAGGACACAGGCGGAUCAGUACCACAGUUGCCCAUCCUUGAUAUUUUUGCAGCAUCUUUACACUUUAGUGAUUUAAGUGUGUAUGAAAAAUUUAAAAAACUGUCAAAUAGAUGGUUUUACUAAUGGUUUGCUUUGAUGGAAGAUAUUUGAACAUUUUACUGCUCGAAUAAACAGAUUUAGUCAAAAGUUAUUAGAUUUAAAGUAGUUGGUGUUAUAUAAUGUAAUAUUUUUGUGUCUUAGAUUGAUUUAUUAACCUUUUUAAUUUAGAUUUAAAUUGAUACUGCCUCGCUGUAGCUUUAAGGCGCAUUAAGCGCCUAUUUGUUUGGGUGGUGUAUGUUCUGGAGUUCCUGCACACACUCCGUCCAGCCCAGGUAAGAUUUGGUGAACGAUAACCCUGCCCAGCUUGACUGAGGAUGUGUUUUCUGUCGCCUCAGUAAAAAUCGCCAGGGGGCAAAGGUGAAGGUCCAGACACCAGCCCAAACUGAGCCCAGCCCACAGUGUCAAACGUCAGGCAGACGAGAUCCCCGCACACAGACGCUAUGGAACGUUCAUCCUCCACUUCCAGCCUCAUGGCCAGCAGCAACGUCACCAACAAGACCGACCCGCGCUCCCUCAACUCCCGGGUCUUCAUCGGCAACCUCAACACCCUGCUGGUCACCAAGGCGGACGUGGAGGCCAUCUUCUCCAAGUAUGGGAAGAUCGUCGGCUGCUCCGUCCACAAGGGCUACGCCUUCGUUCAGUACGCCAACGAGAGGAACGCCCGGGCCGCCGUCACUGGCGAGGACGGGAGGAUGAUCGUCGGGCAAGUUCUCGACUGUAACCUCGCCGGAGAACCCAAACCACACCGGUCAAAAACCUCCAAACGCUCGGCGGGAGACAUGUACAGUAGUUCCUCGUUUGACCUUGACUAUGAUUUUCAAAGAGACUACUAUGACAGAAUGUACUCGUACCCGUCUCGCGUCCCCGCGCCGCCGCCGCUGUCGCGGGCCGUCAUCCCGUCCAAACGCCCGCGGGUCAGCCUGAGCGGAGGGAGCAGCCGGCGGACCAAGAGUAGCUUCUCCUCUUCAUCAAAGAGCAGCCAGAGGACUUCAUCGUCCAGAACGAUAAGGGUGGACGAGCUGCAGAUCAUCAAGCGUGAACUGUCGCAGAUUAAAAGCAAAGUGGACGACCUGCUGGAAAGCCUGGAGCGAAUGGAGAAGGACCACAGCAAGAAGUCUGCAAAGAGCAUAAAGCCAGAGCCGGGCGAGGUGACCUCACCACCGCACUCCAGCAGCAAGAAGAACGACGGCAUAAAGAGAGAGAGGGAGAGCCAGGACAUGAACAACUCGGAUGAGGAGGAAGAGGACGACGACGACGAGGAGGAAGAGGAUGGAGACCUCCUGGAGGAGGAAGAGGUCAAGAGUCAGGAGAGGGAGGAAGAAGAAGAAGAGGAAGAGGAGGAAGGCGAACACGUGGAAGGAGACGAAGAUGACGGCGACAGCGUGAACGGUGACGACGACUCGUAGGCGGAGACUCGGCGCGGCUUCCAGAAGGAGCUCCGACUCCUGUUUUAACACUCAACGUUGUAGAUAGAAACACAAGUGUGCACGAAAACACGAGCAUGGUGCGCACACCUUACUGUCAUGUUGUCCCUGAAGAUUUCCUUUUAGUUUUCGUUUAGUUGUCCAGUAUUACUGUAACAGGAAUAUCUAGCUGUAGGUUUGUGUUUUGUUUCUUCUCGUCUUCGUGUGGAGACGGGAACAUGGACUAAUAAUGUUCUCAGAGACACCAACUCGACGGACAUCUCUUAAAGCGAGGACGGG